AUGCGCUUAUUUCCCUGGAUAAGGAAGAUAACUAGACCUAGGCUUAAUCCGGGCUAUAGAAGAAUAGAAUGGACUUGCGACUGUGGCGUGGACUUGUAUGGUGACUUUCUCGAAACCAAGACGUCUGAUCUAGAUGACCUGAAAUCGUCAUUAGACACGUCUGCUGAUGAGAGAUCUACAAAUAGCACGAGUGAUUCGGAGCAGUCUCAGACCAAUCCGCAUCACAUGACCUCAAGAUCGUCAAGUUCGAGCAGGACAACAUCAAGCAGGGCAAAUUCGACCAGGACAUCUUUGUCAACUGACAGCACUGACGCAUCUAGUGUCGAUGCAAUCCCUCCCAAGUUCCUCGCCCUCUGUGUCAAUACUGGGGGUAUGUACAAGACACUAGCCGAAUUAGACAUGUCACGUAUAAACUCGGACGGAGAGGCCUUUUCGCAGAUGAAGAAGGCCUAUCUCCAGUACCGGGGCGUACGCUCCCGCCUGCAUUUCCUAGUGAAGCCGGUAACCGUCGAGUUUGUCCGCUUCACACUCUGGAAUUUACGCCACGGCUACGUCUCUGUGUGUGACAGGCCCAAUUCAAUGCCGCCCAACACCUGCAUCGACUACGAGUUCAUCCCGCCGCCAAUGCCGCCCGAAGUCUUCGUGCACUACCUCGAGCACGGCGACGGCGACCUUAGCCCGAACCGGUAUACCUGGCUGCCACGGCUCCCGAAGAGGCGGAACCACAAGGUCGUAGACUGUGGAGAAGCAACAGACGGUUGGGGCAUCCACGUCAUUGAAGGCCCGAAUCGUGCGGCUGUAUUUUGGAUCGUUAUGGUUACCAUCUCGAUUAGUAUAAUAGCGAGUGUUUUGUGGAGCACGUUAAAGGGCGAUAUCCAGGGCGGUAUGGGGCUCGGGGCUCUUAUUGUUGCUUUGCCGCCUGUUAUUAUGGCUGCUUUUCUUUUUCGGCUAGGAGCAACUUGA